CAGCCUGAGGGGGCCGAGCCCGCCGGGUUUCCGGGAGUGGGGAGGCAUGGAGCCAUCGCUGGCAGGGGCUGCGGAGGCGGGCGACAGCUUCCGUGCCAGCGAGCACCAGCACGUUCGGUACAACCCGCUGCGGGACGACUGGGUGCUGGUAUCGGCCCACCGGGUAAAGCGCCCGUGGCAGGGUCAGCUUGAGAAGCCGCCCGCCGAGGAUGUGCCCCGCUGGGACCCCAAGAACCCCCUCUGCCCGGGGGCCACCCGGGCCAACGGCGAGGUGAACCCCAAGUACGAGGGUACUUUCGUCUUCCCAAAUGACUUCCCUGCACUGCAGCCCGAUGCUCCAGAGCCUGAUGACAAUGAUCACCCCUUGUUUCGAGCUGCCUCAGCCCGGGGUGUGUGCAAGGUGAUGUGUUUCCACCCCUGGUCGGACCUGACGCUGCCCCUCAUGUCCCUGCCAGAGAUCCGGGCUGUCGUCGAUGCGUGGGCAGAGCUGGCCACGGAACUGGGUGCUUCCUACCCCUGGGUGCAGAUCUUCGAGAACAAGGGAGCCAUGAUGGGCUGCUCCAACCCGCACCCCCACUGCCAGGUGUGGGCCAGCAGUUUCCUCCCGAACGAGGCGAGCCUGGAGGACCGGAGCCAGCGCCAGCACCUGAGCCAGCACGGCGUGCCCAUGUUGCUGGAGUAUGCUGAGCAGGAGGCUCGCCGAAAGGAGCGGCUGGUGGUGGAGAAUGCAGACUGGCUGGUCGUGGUGCCAUACUGGGCCACCUGGCCCUACGAGACCCUGCUGCUGCCUCGCCGCCAUGUCUGUCGCCUCCAGGACCUCAGUGACAGUGAGAGGGACAGCCUGGCCUCCAUCAUGCAGAGGCUGCUCAUCAAGUACGACAACCUCUUUGAAGUCUCCUUCCCCUACUCCAUGGGCUGGCACGGAGCCCCCACAGGCUCCUACCUGGCAGAGGACUGCAGGCACUGGCAUCUCCAUGCCCACUACUACCCCCCUCUGCUGCGCUCCGCCACUGUCCGCAAGUUCAUGGUGGGAUACGAGAUGCUGGCGCAGGCGCAGAGGGACCUCACCCCGGAGCAGGCAGCCGAGCGCCUGAGGAGCCUCCCCGAGGUGCACUACAAGAAGAGGGCUGAGUAGGUGUGAUGGGAGCAGCAGAGCACCCUGUCCUCGGAUGUGGUGCUCCUUGUCUCUUUCACCAUCCCAGGCUCUGUCUCUGCCCCCAUGCUCCUACCACCACUAAAGGGCUUACUUACCCUCCUUACCAGUCCAGUCUCACUGGUGGGACUGGGAUUUCUUCUGCCCCGUGGAGGGGCACAACCCCCCUGGACAAUAAAACCUGAAGCAAAGUG